AUCCUAGACCGACCGGGGAUCGAACCCAGACACCUUCAGCAUGGCUUUGCUUAAUUGCCGCGGACUUUAGCGACUCGGCUGAGAAAGGUCCUUGACUAAGGAGGGCAAGUGAUAAAUCAAUGAAAUAACUUAUCAAAUACUGCACUACAUCGAGUACCAUUUUCGUUUUUUUUUUUUUUUUGAGUCGCUUGGCAAACAAAUAAAAAUUGACUUAAAUGUAUCAACAAUGAAAUUGAAAAGGUGACACAAACUGAAAUUUUAACACUCUCAUAGAUGCAUAUUUAUUGUUAAAGAUUGGAUUGGUUUGAACUCAACACGAAAAAUAUGGAGAAAGGAAUAAUCACUAACUGCUGCAGGGUCAUAAACUAUACUUAUUGUAACAAUUGUUGAAAGCGAAUACUACACUCAAUGAAAAUACAAACGUACACUCACAUACACUUAUCCGCUCAGUUCAACUAGAGUUCUUUCUAACAAAGUAAACAAUCGAAGUUAUUGAAACCGACAACAGGAACAACUGCAAACAUAGUCUGGAUAGCUCCUUUUUUAAAUUACGCUGCAAUGAAAGUGAGAUGCAAAAAUCAAUCAGAACAAAUCGAUCGCACGAAUGCGCACAAAGCUGUUGUACUCUCAACACAGGACGCAGUAGGCCGCCGAACAAAUAGCCCGCGAACACAAUGGCACACACUGAGACAAAUCUCUAUUUACAAUUCAGAACAAUAGUGGUAUAAAUGCGAGGUCUUGUGCUAGCCAGAAUAGUUUCCAUUUUGUUGUGCGAUGUAAUAAAUACGUAAAUUUGAACCGUUGACAACGUUUAGCAAUCGUUCGUUGCUCAGUAAGUUUGUAGAAUUCUUUUAGCCAACUAUUUACACUUACAAACAUUAGAAACCGAUGUGGAUAAUGCUAGGCAAACCUAACAUCAGAUCGAUUUUGCUUUCACAUCACCUCGUCAAGCAAUCAAAGCAGAAAAGAAAUUAGUUCCGAAAAAAAUAAUGGAAAUGAAAAUGCAUGCUCUUAUGAUGUUUACAUUCGUUAGUAAUCUUCAACAGUUUGAGUUUCAUUUUAGCGGUGUUGAUAGCGCAUUAAAUGCAUUCGGUUGUUCCAAGAUGAAAAUAGAUUCUUCCUCUUAAAAAACACUCAGAAAAAAAUAAACUUUACUCUCACUCUCUGAUGUUUCGAAUCGAAACUCAACUUUAGCGCACGCGAGGCAACAAGUUACAAACCAACCAGUUCAGGAAUUUGUUUCAAAAUACCGUAGAAGGCGAAGAAAUAACUUAAUCAGUUAUUCUCGAAACUGGCUAAAAGUGAUAUUUAAACUUAUAAAACUUCGACAUAACAAUGUUCGAAGGAGAAAAAAAACACUACGAUAUUAAGCAUGAUUACUAUUGUAAACUAUCGAUCAAAACUUAAUUACGAUUGUAUCGAAUAAUGGUGGAAAAUGCAAGUUAUUGAAAGACGGGUAUUUCGUUUCGAUUGUUACCAGAGCCAGAGCCUUUUUCUUUAAGGGUUUGUUUGCAGCUAUAGGCAAACUUGAAGUCAUUGGAUCGCUGAAAGUAUAAAAAUUUCUAAUUUCACUUAGAUGAUAAAAAAUGAAUCGUUUCAAAAAGUGAAAUCAGAACGAUUUUUUUUUCUUUUGUUUCUACAUUAACAUUUUCAGUUCGCUUCUUAUCGUUACGCUUUUCACCGAUUCGUCGCCAAUCAACUAACCCACACUAACCCCACAGAAAAAAGGAAAUGUUAGCUUUCAGUUACUUUUAAACUUUUUGUAGGCUUAAGUUUUUUUUAUUUCUAUAUUAAUUUUACGUUCAUACUUUGAUUUCGACUUAAUCCUUGCUCUCCUCGGCCUCUAACCUGAAAAUAAACAAACACACAAAACACUGAACCUUUGCUGCUGAACGCGCUUUGAUUUGGCUCCCUAUCCUUCUGUCCUAUAUUCCUGCUCCUAUUCCGCGUCCCUGUUCCCGGGAAAAUUCUAUCCACUUCACAGAGUACCAUCACCGAAGAGCAUCGUCAGGCCUACAACAGUCUUGUGGAGAACCCUCACGGAGGAGGCAGUUUCCCGCCUGAUCUGAAGUGUUUCACCGCGUCUACGUUACCGCGGUCAAGAUUCAACACAGGCAGCUCUUUCUCGUCCACAACGGGCAGCUUCCGCUUCAAGGAAAUCGACCUUACAACGCCUCCUUCACAUCCUGCUCCGAAGUCACCUGGGCCAUGUAGCGCAGACAGCAACCAAGGAGACGAGUCGAACCCUUUGCGCAUGCUACGGAGUAAGAAUUUCCCUGUAAUUCGUCCGCGCCUCAAGAUCCAAACCCAAAACAGCGUCGAAGAACAUCUGGUAUCGCUUGAUGACAAGGACGGACCAUGUGAGAGCCCCAGCUAUCUAACGAAUCCGGAAUACACGUACAAUAACGCAGCUGCCGGUGGUGGAGAUAUUGAACAGGACUCGACAGCUUCCUCCAACGCUAAUCCUAUUCCCCUACCGCCUCGCGAUCGUAACAAAGUUAUCGCUGCCAAUCCAAAGCGCCAUGUCCGGAAGCAUCCAUUGAUCAUCCCCGCUUCAGGACUACAGCGAACCCUCAAUAAGGUGACCCAAGUCACCCCCGUUGAGGAGAAAAACGACGUAUUCAUUGUGCCAACCGACGAUUCCGUCAAUCUCGAUUCCAAUAACGUACUCCAGAAAUCCUCGUCGGAUUCCUCCAAAUUGAACGAAAUCGGACACUCCUAUGUCAACAACAACAAUCAACUGUUGUCUCAGAAAUCCUACGGCAAGGAUUUUGUCGAGAACAGUUUCUCCAGUGUGAAACCUCUUACGACCCUCCCGGCAACCAUCCCUGCAACAAGUACAAUUCUCACAAGGCGUCGCAUAGAACGGGAUGCCGCCAAUCGGCAAUCUCUCCCUCGCGAUCCAACCUACGAAAAUCUCGACAUCUACCAAACCCACCAAUUCAACAACAACAAUUUCAAUGUCGACACCGCAUCCCUACACUGCGAAUCCAUUCUGGAAAGCGAUUCGGACAAGGUGGCCGACCUAUCGUCUCCAUCGUCGUCGAUUGACGUGGUAGACAGCUUCGCAAGUGCCUUGUACGACAUAGAGAACAAAAAAUCCACCAAGUUGGUCGACGAUGUACUGCGCAAUGUCGACACAAUGGUCGACACGAAAACGAUCGACAAGAAAGGAUUGCUACGAUCGCCACCACCUCCGGCGGGACCAGCGCCCACUUUGAACGCGGCCAUGGUGGAAUCCUUUAGCAAUAGUUUGUCGCGACCUGCUCCGCCGCCUCCUCCGGUAGCGGUUCCGGUGCCAACAGCGACGGCGGCCGCGCCGGUGGCAGUCGACGAAAUCGAUGGCAUGCCGACAUCGCCGGCAUCCGUCUCGGAGGGUGACCUGAAGAAAUCGCUCAACUACGUGAGCUGCGAAGAUCUGCUGGAGUUUGCCGAGAAGCCAAAAGGUCGAGCCCGCGGGCUGGAGUCGGAUGAAGUGCGGAUUAUGUCCAAGGUGCUCGGGAAGAAUAUUCCACCGGAGCAGUGCUUAGUAACGCUGGACUUCAUCGACUGGGAUAUUCACAAGGCGAUAAAAUUGUGCAAGCUGCAAAACAUCCUCUCCGCAUGCAACCUCUCGCUGCAGGAAAGUCGCGAAGCGCUGGAAAACUACGAAUGGGAUCUACACACCACAGCACUCAAACUGAAAACGCGCAAAUAGUCGUUGAACACGAUACUACUGACAGUGACACCCCGAACCCAACCGAACAAAACAGCAUCAAACCAAUCAAUCCAAAUGUCUUCCCUCAGUGCAACACAGAACAAACAAGUAUUAUCCAUAGCAGCUUCUCUCUCUUUUUUCUUGUUU